AUGGAAAGUACCUGUUUGCAUGCUUUAUCGAUUUCAAAAAAGGCCUUUGACUCCAUCUGGCAUGUGGGUCUUUUACACAAGCUCAGAAACAAUAGAGUCACUGGUAAAGUUUAUAAUAUUAUUAAAGCAAUCUAUACAAACUCUACUGGAUGUGUGAAGGUUAAAAACGGCUUGACCAAUACUUUCCCAAUUGAGAAAGGCAUCAGACAGGGCGAUGGUCUUAGUCCGCUGCUUUUUAAUAUAUACUUAAAUGAUAUUAAAAGUCAUAUAAAUGCAUCACACAAUGACCUACCAACUUUAUUAAAUAACCAACUUCCAUGUUUACUUUAUGCAGAUGACUUGCUUCUCCUUUCAGAAACCAAUACAGGUCUUCAGAAUGCGAUUAAUUCCCUGCAAUUAUACUGCCACAAAUGGAAGUUGGAGAUCAACAUUAACAAAUCUAAAACAAUCAUAUUUAACAAAGCAGGUAGACGCCUAGACAAAUAUAAUUUUUUUAUAAACCAGGAUGUACUGGAAAGAGUGACAUCAUACACUUACCUUGGCAAAAAUUUAAAUACAACAGGGAAAUUAGAAAAAGCCCAGGUAGACCUAAAAAACAAAGCUCUUAAGGCCUGCUUCAAAAUGAAUCAGCUAUUAUUUUCGGCAACUUGUACAAUGCUCAGAAUUCAUUUGAAGAUGUUUGAUGCAGUAGUUAGACCAAUUCUCCUAUACUGCACUGAAAUAUGGUCUAGUGAUAUUAUUGCCCACACAAAACAGCUUUGGAAUUUGACAACACCCAUGGAAAAACUCCAUACCAAAUUCUGCAAGUUUUUAUUAAAGGUGAACAGCAGAGCCUCAAACUUGCCAUGUUUAAUUGAAUUAGGGAGGUACCCUCUUACAAUACAGGGUACAAAACAAUUGUUAAAAUAUUGGAUGAGGGUUCAGGAAAUGCCUGAAAAUACAUUAGUAUGUGAAGCAUACAAGCUUGGUAUUAAGAUGCAUGAUUCUGGUACUAAAAACUGGAUAUCUGGUGUGAAAAAGAUUUUGGAAAACCUAAAUUUAAGUAAUAUCUGGAAAGAUGGGCAAAUUAAAUACAACAAUGCUACUAUUGAAAACAUUACAGAAAAAACUUAA